GUACCCCGUGGGAUCCCUUCAUUCACAGCCCCCCCUUCUCAAUCCACUGCUGGACCUCCGAGUCGAUCACCCGGCGCGGCACUUGGAGCGGUGGGGCACGAGCGGGUCCUGGUGUCCUGGUGUCCUGCAGCCGAGCGUGCGCGGUGCCUCUGUCCGUCACAUCUCCCCCGCCAAGUCGCCCCAACCCGCCUCUCUCUGCCGCUGAAUUCGUUCACGACGAGCGGCGAUGUUUGUUGAAACCGCCCGAGAGCUCGAGAGAGACCGGGCCAAGAGCAGCGGUGUUCGUUCGCACGCGUGACCCGGGUCAACAACAACAACAACAUCGUCAACACAAAGUACAGCAGCGAAGCGAGGCACGAAGCGGGGCGAAAGCCGACCAGAGGUCAACGUAAAGUAAAAAGAGGGCGAGUAGAAACCGGAGUUGAAAACAACCAAGUCGAGACCUGCUCGCUCGGCGAGCCAGCUGGGUCACUCUGGCGACGAGGCUCCUGCAGCGCUGCAGUCCUCUCCCGCCGGAGCAAACGAAGCGCGGCCGGAACGCGCGGCCGGAACGUGCGGCCGGAACGUGCGGGCAUCGCCUCCGUCCCACGCUGCGUAGGCCGCUCACGCCGACCGUGGAGCCGCGCGGGGCCCGGGGACGUCAUGGACCUCGACGCCGUCACGCUGGCCGCCCGGCACAGGCUGCGGCACGUCCGCGCGUUCCGCGCGCUCCGCCCGUACCUCGUCCCCGGAGCUCGGAGCCGUGAGCGGCGCGGCGGUGACCCACGACCACGCGGGGGAGGGGGACGCGGGGCGAGCGGGGACACGCGGGGCGACUUACACCAACGGGGUUCCCGUGGCGGGAGCGGCAGCCGGCACUUCCUCGAGCGACCGGAGGCCGAACCUGGCCGUCCGGUCGCCGAUCGUCGCCGCCGUCGUCGUCGCCGCCAUCACCGCCACCGUCAUCCCCCUGCUCGGCCUGCGGGGCUGAGCGUGACGGACGUGACGAGCAAGGUGAACGAGAUGAACGUGAACGAGGCGACUGCGCUCGAUUGGCAAUGCCGCCGUCCUGCUCGGCCUUCGGAGACGAGCGCGGUGACGGAGACGACCCCGACGAACGCGGCGAUUACGCACCGCGGCGUUGACCGGGGCGGACCGCCGGGGUCGAACCGCGAAUCUCCGCAACGAGCGGCGAUCGCCCUCCCGCCGGGCCGCCGCCCCGACUCCCCGGUGGCGCAACGGUCGUUCGUCCAAGACGGGCGGAUCACGCGAUAAGAUCUUCAAGCGGGACGCGCUACAAACGGGACGCGCUACAAACGGGACGCGCGAGCGGGCCGGCUCUGCACGGCGCGAGCGAGCGCCGCCACGCCACCGACGCUCCGCGGUCGGUGGCGCCCCGGACUCGCGAGGCAGGGGCCGCGCGGGUCGCUGCCAUCUGGCCGCCGCGUCGUUCACCGGCCCGGCGGCGGUAAUCGGGUUCACCGCCGCGGUUGCUCCGCGGAGACUCGGUGAGAGCGCGGCGAGUGGCACCCUGGGGGGGAGGCAGUGCAGUGGUAACACUCGGCCUGGGUUCCAUUGCCGACUCGGGCGCGUUUUCCCGCGGAGUUUGUGUGUUCUCUCUCUCUCCCAUAGCCAAUAUAUUUUUACGUAUAAGAGUCACAAUGUAACCGGUAUUGGCUGAAACCCCAUCGCGGUGCUUGCAAAUUAACCACGGUGGCGAGAUGUGAACUCCCUCGCCUGGUAUGCAGGAGAUAACGGGUUCUAUGUCAACCCUGACG